GUUACAGUGGAGGUUAAGGUCGCCUACUGUGAGUUCGGUACUUAUGGAAGUUGCAUGUACCGAUGAGGUUAAGGUUUAUAAAGACGAGGGGGAGGAAGAUGAGCAGAAAAAGUCAUCAGAAAAUCUAACUGAAGACAAAGUUGGUCUUGUAAUUGAGGGUGAAGGUCAGUGUACACAGAAAGGAGCAUUCAAUUUUGGUUUCUUAUCCCUAGAUGACUACUACCAUUCGUUCUUUCCACUGCCAUUCGUCACUGGUUCACCGUCUUUCCCUGUCAAUCCUACAUCGUAUGCUGCAGCCGCUGCGGCUGUGGCGGCCGCGGCAGCAGCUGCAGCUGCUGCUCAUCAUCAACAAAAUCAAGAUGUUCCACAACAACAACAUCAACACCAACUCUCUUGUCCUCCUACAUCGUUAUCAUCACCAGAUUCAUGUGGCACCAGUGUGUUUGCUAGGCCAACUCAUCUAGUAACAACAGAAGGACACAGAUCACAAUUGAAUAAUAAUGACCUGCCGACUAGUUUAAAUACGGACGUGCAUGGAUUACGAUGUUCGAAUCCGUUGACAAACCGGUUACAAUCCGUUUCAGAUUGUCAAACUAAUUGUGGCUCACCAAUAUUCCCUACUUUCAGUGGAUUCAAUCCAUCAUUAAGUGCUUUUAUGGCUGGACCAUUUUAUAAUGUAGCAUUACAAGCAGCUGCAGUUGCUGCAGCUGUCUCAUCUUCUCAUUCACCUAGUCCAAAAUUACAAUCUACUACACCAUCUUGGCUAUCAUCAUCAUCAACACAAUCGGCAAUUAUUCCACCACCACCACCAUCAUCACCAUAUGUGCCUUUCAAUAGAAUUCCAACGCCUAAUUCAUCAACAUCAACAUGCUCAUUGUCCAAUUUCAAUGUUUGUGAUAAUUUCGCUGUAAAACACAAAUCGUCAUCAUCAUCACCGUCUGUUAUAGCUGUAGCUGCAGCGGCGGCAGCAGCAGCUGCUGCUCUCAGCCAGUCAUCAUCACCGUCAACAUCAUCAUCCGCAUCGUCGUCAUCGGCAUCAUCUUCGUCGGCAUCAUUCACAUCAUCGACAUCCGCUACAGCAGCGGCUGCAUUUCAUUCAGAAUUGAUAAAAGCAGCAAAUUUAUACAAAAUGAAUAAUUCAAAUCAACGCUUUUUACCGCAUCAAAAUUUAUGUCAAUAUCAACAACAACCUAACCACCACCACCACCAACACCAACAUCAACAACAUCAUUCCUUUACACAGGAUCAUUUAUUAACGUUAUCAAGUAAUAACACUACUACUACUACUACUACUACUACUAGUACUAGUACUACUAAUACAACUACUCUACCAUUGAAUAUUUUGAAUUCAAUAAAUAUGCAUAAUACAGUAACAGCAACCACCACCAACACCACCACGACAACAACAACUACUACUACUUUGGAUAAUCGGAUGAUUGGUGGUAGUGUACGUGCGUCAACCACGACACGGACACCAACGCCGACACCAGAUACCCACCACCUACCGUCCAAUCUUCGUCCAUCUUCGUUGAUUGACUACAAACUAGGUCAAUCCAAUGCAUCAUCAUUAUUCAAUGAUCAUGAAAGAAUUAAUGAAGAACUAAUGUUUACCGAUGAUCAUCGUCAUCAUCAUCAACAACAACAACACGUGACAGAAUGUUCAAUUAGUAGUAAUGCUAACAGUAAUAAUAAUGGUCAUAAAUUCAUUUCACAUUCGUUUGAUGAAUUAAAUUUACCCCAUAAUAAUACUAAUGAUGAUGAUGAUGGUGGUGCUGGUGGUGGUAUUCAACAAAGACUUAGCUCGUCAACAAGAACAUGGACUACAGAAUCAUUGGAAAAAUCGAAUUCCGAUGAAAAUCAAUUAAAUCUUAGUUUAUUCAACGAUUGUUCUCAACGUGCUGCAGCAGCGGCUGCCGCCGCCGCGGCAGCAGCAGCAGCCGCAGCUCAUGUUCAUUUUCUGUCCAGUUUAGCUGUAGCUGCCACCGCCCACUCCUCAGCAUCAUCAUCUCCAGCUCCAGUGCCAAUCCCAACUUCAACUUCUUCAUUGCCUAAUCAUCAUAAUCUAUCACCACUCCUGUCAUCUCGUCUCGAUGGCAUUGAUUCCAAUUUGCCACAUUCCAUUACAUCGCAUCUUGACAAUAUGAUCCAAUCCUCAUCAGCGUGUUCAAUGCCGACAGUGCAUGAUGAUGCAUUUGUUGCGUUAACUACUAGUUCACAUCAAUUAAAAUCCAAUCUGAAUGAUCAUGUCACGCUGCAACAACAAAUGCCGUUGCUUACUCCUCCGUAUAAACAAUGUAAAUUAUUCAGUUCCACUCAUUAUCCUGUUUGCUCAUUAUCAUCGUCUGAUGUUACAUCUCACAAGCCCAAUGAUGACUCGUUCAUGUUAAAAUAUACAAACAGUAAUAGUAAUUAUCAUACUAAUAAAUUGUUCCUUACCAAUAGAAUACCCUCGACUAGUUCAUUAUCAAUUUCCCCGGAAUUAUUCCUUGACAAUAACAUUGAUAAUGAUAAUAAUCAUAAUAAUCGGAUGUAUACUCAUCCACUUGGAUUAAAUUCUAUCGAUUUGUCUACUUUGACGUCUAGUACAAAUGGUGGUAAUAUCACUUCUACUGCUGUUCAUACUACUACUACUACUAACACCAUGAAUACUACUCAUAAUAAUAUUAAUACAAGUAGUUUCGACAAUGAUGAUGAUGAUGAUGCUGAUCGCGAUCACAAUCCGGAUGCUAAUAAUCAUAAAAAGAAUUCGAAACUGACUGCCAAUCACCUUCAUCAUCCCCCACCUCAACAUCAACACCAACACCACCAACAACAAUCGAUCAAUACCAUAUCAACUACCACCAAUUCAACAAAACGUGUACACAUUAAAAAACCAUUGAAUGCAUUUAUGCUAUUUAUGAAAGAUAUGCGACCAAUUGUACAAGAAGAAUGUACAUUGAAAGAAUCAGCUGCAAUUAAUCAAAUUCUUGGUAAAAAAUGGCAUGAAUUAUCACGUGAAAAACAAGCAAAAUAUUAUGAAUUAGCUAGAAAAGAAAAAGAACUACACCAUCAACUAUUCCCCGGUUGGUCAGCUAGAGAUAAUUAUGCUAUUCAUUCAAGACGUAAAAAGAAACGAAAAUUAGCCGCUGCUGCCGCGGCCGCCGCAGCCGGUGCCACAUCAAUUGUCCAAUCGAAAAUUCAUUCCACUCAUCAUCAUAGUGGUAAAUUAUUUGGCAAUCACACCACUACUACUACUACACAAUUAUCAUCGGAAUCCGGUGGUGAAUUUGGCAAUUCCGACUCAAAUGAAGAACGUAACAACAAUAAUAGUAAUAGUAGGCUAUCUUUAUUUAUUCAUAAUAUAAAUUCUACAGAUAUGAGUAACGCCAAGAAAUGUCGUGCACGUUUUGGACUAGAACAUCAAAAUCGUUGGUGUAAACCAUGCAGACGAAAGAAAAAAUGUAUUCGUUUCUUAACUGAUACAGAAUUUGAAGAAGAGACUAAUUGUCCCAUAUCACCUCGAUCAUCACCAACUCCAGUGAACAACAGCUCAAAAAAACCUAAUCCUACUUCUAUAACUAUGACGACAUCAACAACAACACCGCCGUCAAUAACAACAGUAUCCUCAUGUCAACAUUCAAAUUUACCUGUCCAUUGUAAAUCGAAGCAUUGUCAUACAUCGGCAGCAAAUGAUGUCAUCAGUGGAUUAUAUCCUAUUCACAGUACCACUACUAAUACUACUGAUAAUAAUGAUAGUAGUAGUAUUAUCAGUACUAGUCUAUGGUCAAAUUAUACACCUAAUAUUGAUUCUAUUCUAUCACCACAGAUUGGUGGUAGACAACCACCAUCGAUUGAUCAGUUGACCGCCUAUCAUCAUCAUCAGCAGCAGCAUCAUCAUCAUAAAACUAGUUCUAAUCAACACUUUGUGGAACAAUCUUUACUUAGUAGUAGUAGUUAUAUGUCACGCAGUUCACAUACUACAACCAGUCCGACACCAAUGCCGCCAACAACGCCAACCACCACCCUGUCAUCAUUGCCAACUUCUUUAUCACUGACUAAAUGGUCACCGAAACAUUUAUUGAAUUUGGCUACAUUGCAUAAUAUGUCCGCGUCGAAAUCAUCGGAUUUUCUAUUAUUUCCAUCGAGUCAACUGUCCACUACGACUACGACUAUCGCUAAUACUACACCGACAACAACUGUUGCUGUGUCAUUGGAAAAGCCGAAUCCACCUUUUUAUGUACAUGAGAGCACCAUGAUGCGGUCAUCGUGUCCUGACCAAUGUAUUCCGUCUGUCAUUAUAACAAGCACUGGAGAAGAGAAUCACACAAUGAAUUAUUGUAUAUCAUCAUCAUCUCCGUCCGAUUUAGCACAGAAUCAUGAUACUACUACUACCACUAUCAGUAGUAGUAGUAUUAAUAACAAUAAUAAUUUAAAAAGAUUUAUGCCUUUUCACAAUUAUCAUCUUCAUUUAAACACAGCUAUUUGUUGUGCUACUACGAAUACUACUAAUACUACUACUAGUAGUAAUGGUAGUACACCAAUAAUUAGUAGUAGUACUAGUAGUAGUAUUUAUCAAUCCCAGUGAUAGUAGUCAUAACUUAAUUUCAUUAAUAAUUUUCUUUUAAAAAAACUGUGUUUUUUCUUCUUUUCUGUUUCUUAUCUACAUUUCAUUUGCUUUGUUCAUAAUAUAUUAUACUACUUAUGCUUCACAGAGUAAGUAGUAUUAGUAGUAGUAGCAGCAGCAGUCAUCGUAAUAAAUAGGCAAUCGAGUUGUGUUUCUCCCGCCGGUUUUUCAAGGUUUUUACAUCUGAUACAUUUGGUGCGUUUCUCUUUAACAUCAAAUAAAGUUGUUUGUUUGUUUGUCUGUCUGUCUGUCUGCCUUCUUUUACAGUACUCUCUUUACGUGUUGACACCUAUGACCCACAUACACUGUGAGCGCCUGACCUAUACAGUUCCAAUUCUUCGUUUCAUUCUGCCGUGAUUUGUUUGUUGUUUGUGUUUUUUGCUCUGUCGAACUAUACUACUUACAUGCACUACUACUACUACUACUGCGCUAUUACUCGACCAUUCAACCAGUCCGCCAUUAUAUACACACACCCACACCCAGGUUAUUUUCUUUACUCAUGAAGCGCCUGAUAUACAUAUAUGAUGAUACUUUCAAAUUGACUUUCUAACUGCUGUCUGUUUGUCUGUCUGUCCGUCCGUCCAUCGUCAUCAUCCUUGUGCACAAUGAUGACCUCGUGCGGUCAUCCCACCUUACUUUUUCUUACUUCGACAAUUCUUUUUUGGAGCAUUUUUAUAUUAUUACACUAGUAGUUCACAGUCGAAUGUCAACUGUCAUUCUCAACAUUCAUUCACAUUUACAAUCAUUUGAAUCAUGUGUUUUUAUGAUUUAAGGAAUUGGUCGUUUUCUUUUUUUCUUGUUUUCUGUUUUAUUUCUAAUUAUUGAUCGAUAUUGAGUUUGUUUUGUAAUAGUCAUUUGUAAAUAAAUAAAUACCGACCGGUUUUACUUUCCCCGCCGCCCCUCCCUGUUUAUUUUGUGUGUGUAUGCUCUUCUGCCUGCUACUGCUGCUGUUGUUCUUUUCGUCUCCACCCGUCGUGGUGGUCAUUGUGUCUCUCCCGCCCCCCACAAAUGUGUACUGUUUGCCAUCUUGUUCUAUCUAGUAGGGUGUCAUGUGUUGUUUUAUUUUGGAACAAGCCUAUCUAUCUAUCAUUUGGCGAAAAAUUGCAUGCAAUCCAAUGUGAACACACGCACACACACACACACGCGUACACAUCGACCGACUCCUUUUUUUAAAAGAAUAAACACAGUUUUUAUUUGAACCCUGACUUGUGUGUGUGUGUUUUAUGACCCUGGUGCUGCUAGCUAGCUAACUAGCUAGAUGGAUCAUAUGUUGUCCAAGAUGACCACAAUCGUUUUAGCGAAAUCCACUAUCUUCUCCCUCUUUUAAUUAUUCAAUCAAUCAAUCAAUUUGUCAAUCAUACUCAUUCACACUCAUUCUCCCGUUGCAUAUAAUCAACUUGAACUUUUCUUCUUUGUUUUAUAAUCGAUCGAUUACAUUUUCUGUAUACAAUGACGAUGAUUCAUACAAAUCAAACAUUGAAAUAAAUAAAUUAUCUACUUAUUUCUUUAUUUAAGUAGUAUUUUUCUUUCUCCGCUACGUUGUUUUUUUUUCUCUCUCAAAAUGUAUGUACAAUUUUUAAAAUAUGAUUAUUAUUAUUAUUAUUGUUAUUAUUGAUUUUCUCUUCUGUCUCAAUGAAUCAAUAAUAUUCAUCUUGUUUUGUUUUUUUUCGUUUUCUAAUUUCAUUUUAUUUCAUUCAUGAAUUCAGUUUAUUUCUAUUUUUGA